GACCCAUACACCACUCCUGUUCUUCAUUCCCUAUCUGCAGCACCCUACAAGCAAUACCCCAAGCAUAUUUUCCAUCCCUCUCCCCCCGGUACAUCUCUUUUUUUUUUCAUGCCGCCACCUCCCACCCCUGCAUCUGUCUCUCACGCGCCGCUUCUGCACGUGUUCUUUUGAUAUCUGUCAUCAUGGAUUAGACCUGGGUCUGUGACCUUGCAAGGGGUUUGGAGUUGGGUCUAAUUUUCACUCCCCGGAGAGUGGAGUGGACGCGCCACCGUGUGCAGCGGAGUGAAAAAAUGGAUGUGUUGCGAGCCUCACUCUAGAGUUAUCAAAGUUAAUAAAAGACCCCUCAAAUCCCGGAAAAUAAAUCCAGGAAAAAAACAUAAUAAAAGGAUCAGCAAAUGGCCAAAUAGUACCUUCAAUAAAAGCUGAAAAGAAGAAAGCAAGAUCCACCUCGAUCCUUUCUCCACCCUCCUCUCCAACUCCCCGUCCCUCUCCGCCGCCAACUCCGCCACCACUAUCACUACCACCUUCAUCUGAAAUCCUGUCUCCCCCCAUCACUCCCCCCCCCCUCUCUCUCUUCGAAUUCUAGACACAGAUUCUGCACUACCUCCCCCUCCCCUGUUUCCUUUCCAUCCUCGUACUUUCCUUGUCAAAACUCCAACAUCCAGCUCUUUAUUCAAUACCUUUAUCCAAAAAUCUAGUCUUUUUUUUUUCCAGAUUAUCCCAACCCAGUGACCAGACCAGGAAAAGGGGAAAUUGUGGCUCAGAUUUGGACGACAAUGAAGGAGGAGGACUCGAGUUGGUUCUCGAGAUGGGACGAGGAACUUCCUUCCCCGGAGGAUCUCAUGCCUCUUUCCCAAACCCUAAUCACGCCUGAUCUUGCCAUGGCUUUCGACAUCCGAAACCCCCACAGUAAUAGCCCUCACCAUCAAAUCCCUCAGCCCGCAGCUCCUUCGAAUCCCUUGCCUUCUCCCGGAAAUCCCACGCAGCCCAACUCUGCUGAAUUUGCUGAUUCCGCCGAGUUGGGUUCUGGAACCGCAGGGGAAGAGCCCGCACGCACCCUCAAGCGCCCUCGUCUCGUAUGGACUCCACAGCUUCACAAAAGGUUCGUGGAUGCUGUGGCUCACUUGGGUAUCAAAAAUGCUGUGCCAAAAACAAUAAUGCAGCUGAUGAGUGUGGACGGCUUGACCAGGGAAAACGUGGCCAGUCAUUUGCAAAAAUAUCGACUUUAUUUGAAGCGCAUGCAGGGGCUGUCCGCCGGUGGAGCCGGAAGCGGAGUUGGAGGAGGUGGAGCUGGGUUGGGUGCCUCCUCCGAUCCUGCCACUGAUCAUCUAUUUGCAAGCGCCCCUGUGCCGCCCCAUUUCUUACACCCCGCAGCCAGGCCCAAUUCCGACCAUUUCUUGCCGUUUGUGCCGGUCCCGGCGGCUCUGCAGCAUCACCAUCACCACCAGCAGCAUAUGGCAGCGGCAGUGGCCGCCGCCGCCCAUCCCCAACUGCAGCAGCAGUAUCACAGGCAAGUGGGGCAUUUUGGUUCGCCGCCGAAUGGGAGCUUCGAGCAUACUUUUCUGACAAGGCAGCCUCAGCCGCUUAACAGGAUGGGUCAAGCAAUGCCGCAAAAUCCGGUACCUGGAUAUGUAGAGGACAUGGAAUCGGCUAACGCAGCUGGAGGGAGAAAGGUUCUUACUUUAUUUCCCACCGGAGAUGAUUGAAAUUUGGGCUAUAGUGGUCAUUAGGUCAUCCACCUUAUCAUCUUGUAAAAUUAGUUUGUGGGGGGUGCAUAAUGCAUUACUUGAGUUUGUUCACGGUCUUAAUUAAUUAGCUGUUAAUUGCAUUAGAGUUCUGGGUAACGUUGGGAGGGUACUGAUUGGUUUUGGAGUUUAGUUACUAUUUGCAUAUCCAAAAGUUCACUUGUCUUGGUUUGGUGGAAUAAUCGGGCAUGUCUCAUAAUAAUGAGUAAUUGGGAUUAAUGGGUACUUUGGUAGAUUCGACAGUGGUGUCGUUCCUGCAGACAAUCACGUCUGUAAUUAUGUUGUUGGUCGUAUUCUAUGCUAUAUAUUCUCUGACAUUAUGCAUAAUGAAUGUUCCUUUUGGGCGGCAACAAUAUCUGCAAGCCUGUGUCACUCUGUAUGUUGGGUCAUCACAUAUAUUGUUCCUGCCUGGGAAGUUUUAUGUUGGCAUUCAUGUCACGAGUGGCUGAAGCGACAAGCUCGGUGUCUGUGAGCCUUAUGCAUUGAGAUCAUUAGAAACUCAAAGGAAGCAUAUCUGGUUGCCACUUUUGGGUGCGGAUUCUUCCGCCGAAUUCAGGAGCCUCUACUGUGGAAGACUUGUCUCCUUGAGUAUCAAGUUUUUUGUCCUUUCGAAGUGAGUUGAACGUCGUUUGACUCUAAAGAAGGCUUCAAUGUCAGAUUAGAACUCUGAUAGCGUACAGGCCAUGUCAGAUCACUCAUGCACUUCUGUGAAGAAAAGAGGAUCAUAGCCUCGCCUUUAAUGGAUUUUACUGUCAUAGUUUAGUUGACUGGUAACAUGCCCUCCUUUAACAGACAGAAUCAUUAAGCACCAUGGAAUUGUUACAGCAAUUUGAUCAUUGCCAUGCUCCGAGUUUUUCUGCAGUCUGUGAUUUUGAAGUUAGUCAUAUUAUGGCUUAUGGUUUUACUUCUGUCUUCAUGCCGGAGUUUUCCUCCAUCUUCUCUUUGAUUCAACUCCUUAUUCUGUUUCUCCAGCACUAAUUCAGUGUUUACAGAAUUCCACAACACCCUUCUCAUCUAGCGCCAGAUUUCUCAUAAUCUAGAAUUGAAGUUUCCAUCUUA